AAGAAAAAAGAAUACAGAGAAGAAACGUAAGGAUCCAAACGUUCGAUCCUUCUCGCGGAAAAGUUAUCGCAACGAUAACUCGGUCGAUUGAUCGUCGGGCGAUAGCGUCGAAUGGGCUAGCGACGCACGCGAGUGCAGCGAUCGAACCACGUCGGUCGACGUAAGUUACGUAACAAAGUCCGCUCGAACGCGGUGUUUUGAAGCAGCGGCUCCAUAGUAACGCCGAUAGAGGGUAGAAAAGAGAAACGCGAGGAAAGCGGCCACGAGAUAGUAAACCAUUUUCGUUGGUCCUCGAGCGUUUAGACGGCGAUGUCGUUGUUCAAGACGAAGGAGUGGUGGCGAACGAGGUGCGGUGCGAACGAAACGUUCGAUAAGCACAGCCUGUUGGCCGCGCCGUUGUUCGGAAAGGAGAGACAAGAUAUCCUCGUGGUGGGAAGUCACGACGGUUACCUAAGGAUGUACAGUCCGUCGUCGCGAUGGGUGGACGAAACGAAAUCACCGACCAACUACAAGUCCACGGAUUUGAUGAUCGAGACUCGAUUAGACGACUGCAUCGUGGAUAUGAAGGCGGGCAAGUUCGUCUCAGGCUCGCAAGAUCUACGUUUGGCGGUAUUGACGCCAUCGAAGUUGACUGUUUACAACGUGGCCCUGGUCGACCAAUCCAUCGAAUACGGAGAUCGGUGCGAACUGAAGAUCGCUUACGAGCACCCGCUGCCGAGAUUUCCGGCAUCGUUGACGAUAGGACCGUUCGGCGGCGUUCGCGGCAGAGACUUUCUCUGCGUUCAAUGCCUGGACGGGACGCUACUCUUCUACGAGCAAGAGAUGUUCGCGUUCAGCCAGGUGACGCGGAAUCGGUUGCUGGCCGAGCCGAUCAUUUACGUUCCGCGCUACGAUCUGUUCGUCGCCGCCAGCUCCUCCUGGUAUCUCGAGUGUCACAGGUACCAAAGUAUGGCGGAGUGGUCGAGAAGCACGGAACGAGUCUCCGGGAGCUCGAACGGCGCGGAGGAGCGCGACGCGCAGCAUCGGCGCGCCAAUGCCACGAGCCUCGAGCCAGAUUGGACGUACAACAUCGGCGAAGCGGUUCUCGGCAUCGAGGCUGUCACUUUGAGCAGCUUCGAGGUUGGCAUAGUGGUUCUCGGCGAGAAACAUCUGUACUGUCUAAAGGACAAUUGUACGUCGGUCAAGUACGCCAAGAGGCUGGAAUACAAGCCGCUCUGCUUUCGAGCUUACGUUAUCGAACCGGACGGGAAGUUGAUGGUGCUCGUAAUCGCCGACACAAGCACUCUCAUGAUUUACGAGGGUAGCACGUUGAAAUGGUCGGCCCAACUGCCUUUCGCGCCGGUUGCCGUUGCCAGAGUUCAAUUAGAGCAUCUGCAGGGCGUGAUCGUAGUUUUGUCGGCGGAUGGUCGACUGGAAGCCUGCUACUUAGGUUCGGAGCCGAGUUUGUUCGUCGCACCGCCGCUUCAUCCACGGGGUUACGAUUACACGGCAGCGGAACAGGAGUUGGCGGAACUGCGAGCUCUCUCGAGGAAGAGCAAGGAUUCCGAGGAUCGCACCAGCGACGCCGGAAUGGACGCGGAGCUCAUAGUAUCGAUAAACGUGUCGCUGGAUUCGAAUUCGUCGGAUCAUCGUUCAGACAGCGAGAUGGAGGCGCAGCUACAACCGAUCUGCAGCGUCACCAUAGAGUUGUCCUCGUACGCGGUCCUCAGCGACGUCCAGGUCUGCGUCGACGUAUUCAAACCUCUGGUCGUCGCCGACGAUUUCUACGCUCUUCCGAAUCUCUGCGAGCGACACGCGAUGAAGACCCGGGUGUACGUGGACGGGGAUUUGCCGGCGUUCUCUUCGGAAAUCAGAGCGACCGUGACUUAUCGGACAGACGCAGGUGUCUUAAGAUCGGUGCGGAGAACCAGCCAAUUGCCCCUGAAGACGAUGUUGAGAAGCUGCCCGCCUGAAAGCUCGGCCCCCUUCGUCACCGUGAUCAAGAGCGGCGCACCUUUGCUCACCUUCACCCAGCUGUUUCCCGAAUUCAGCGCGGAUCAGUCGCAAAGACAAGGAUGGAACGCUCUGGGUUUGUGGCACCUGAACUCUGGCCACACGGUCACCGUCGUUUCCGGCAAUGCCGGAAAUCGAUAUCGGGUACAGUCCAACGACGGAUUAUCGUCGACCUUGGUCGUUUCUCGACUGAUCGACAGAUCGAGGAGCAAAAACGAGGAAAGUGUCGGGGCGACCAUAGGACAAAAUCAUAUUCGCUUGGUGCAUCAACGGAUAGACGAUCAUUUUGCCGCACGACAAAAGAUUAACAGAAUAACGAACGAGCUCGGUCUGCUGACGAGUCAGCUGAGAAACGUGGAGAGAAAAAUGUUGCGAGCCGUGAGAGAAAGAAACGAGCGAUCUCUGCCCGAUACCGGAUUGCCGUUCCUCUUCGAUUCCACUUGCGACGCGAUCUUCGCGCUUCUCGAGCAACUCGCGCAAGCGCGAGCGGAAUUUACUGAUUUGCGGAUGAAAAAAGUCAACGAUCUCGCUGGGACAGUUUACGAUCGAGCAAAGUCCGUCGAUACAACCGGAAGUACCAAAGUUACCUCGGUAUGGAACAAUAUGGAAAAGUUGCCUUCUUUUAACGAUGACCUCAGGGGCAUAUAAUUUGAGCAUAUAAUUUAAAGAGCAGGAGAAUUUAUAGAUAGUAAACGAAUUGGUCCAGGAUUUUUAAAACUAAACUCGGAUCCUGUAUGGUGGCACGUUGAUCGAGCGAGAGCAUGUUCAAAGCGAUAAGAAUAUUUUCAUAGUUGUGGCAAGUUUUUGCUUAUACUAGAAAUUUAUGUUGCAUACCUUCGAGCAAUUUCACGCGAUUCGACCGUGCUGGAUUCCAUAUUUGAGACGCGUAUUCGAAGUAUGGUAUAACUAGAGACGGGUAAAGUAUUUUAAUCCCUUAACAGUUUAUCCGGGGUAUGACUCGAGCAGAGCGUCAAGUACCGUACAGUUUAUCCCGAGUGCGAUGUCGGCACGGCGUGCGUCAGAACUGUUUAGCCCUUCGGUCUAUUAAAAUUAGAAGCUCCGGUCCAGAAAAUCUACAUAUUUUGUAUAUUUUAGAAUACUUCCGUUUGCGAUAAAAAGCGUGAAAAAUUGUGUUCUAUAUUAACAGCAAACUUUCGUUUACAGAGAGAUUUUGUUCCGGUGUAAUCGUCGACGCGAAUUCCAACACGGGCCAAAUUUUGUACGUUUUCAAAUUUGCAUAAUUUUUUUCGUACUUCCCAGUUAUCGUCUGAGAAACGAACACAACCUCUUGGUGACGAAAAAUAAGAGAAAAGACAAGAUAUUGUUCGAACUAGAACGUAUUAUCGUGUGUUCUGUAUUUCAAAAUUUAUUACACCCGACGUAAUUGUUAAAAAGGUACUUGCAAAACGUGUUUUUCUCAAUUUUUCCUUGGCCAUGAGAUUAUUUUAGAAGGUGAAAAAAUUAUGUAUCUUUCACUAGAGAUGUUAAGGGUGAAAGGUUUUUUGAAAUUCGCGUCGUGCUCGGUAACGACACACGAUGAUUUUUAAGACGUUGUUUUCCUUACAUGGUUAAUUAAUACGGUCAGCAAAAGAUAACGAGAAGGAAAAAGUAACGUCUAAAGCGGUUGUAGUUCCUUGUUUGUCCACUGCUGCGUCGUUUAUAGAGUAGGCGAAAUCAAGUAGUGUUUUCUUCCGCGUGAAACGCGCAACGCGAUAUCUCGAGAUAUUAAACGGUAACAUGUUUUGAACGUUUCAUUCAUAAAGUAGGAAGAAAUCGCUUCGAAUGUCUCAGGCAUCGAUUAAGAAUUCCACGUUACUCGUGUACGCAUCGCAGCAGCUGUUAGCCAGCGAUUUACAAAAGCAAAGCGAGGUAAUCGUUGUAUGAGACUUCCCGUUUGCGUGCACGGUGUGCGUCACUUAAAGUUAUUACUGUUACUAAUACUUUUCGCUCAGGUGCUAUUGCUAUUGAAGCUAAGUUCGAUCAGCUGUUAACGCUACAACUACCGACAUUUGAGACGUAGCUAUCUCUAUCAAAGCCAGUCGAACUGACUGGUCUUUAAACAAUGUGUAAUAGUAAAACAUUUUUAUACUUAUUGAUCUGUUAUUAUGUUACAAAAGAAUCUCCAUCUUCUGAGAUCAUAGAAAUUAUAUAAUAACAACUUUAAUAGUAAUAAUAAGUACAAUAAUGAGGAAUAUUCGGUGGCAAAAUCUUUGAUAACAAGAAUAUUAAAAUAAAUUUCCAUUGGUAAAUAUAAGAGGUAUAAUCUAACGAUAUAAUAAUAAUAAGCGUAAUAAGCGUGAUAGAAUAAAUAAAAUGAAAAUAUAACUUAAAUUAUUCUUUCCUCUGCGUCCAUUUUCCGCGUGCAUAUUUUUUACAAAGAUCGCAAACGCUGGUGGUCUUAUUAUUAUUACAGUACCCUAUCUGACACCAUCAGCAGUUAAUGCUGUGACUUGGUUUUGCGUUGUCCUAAAGGUUCUGUCGCUUGUUAACACUCUGACUGUCACGCUGAAAUCACGUGUCUCGCUGAGGACGCCACGGGAGUAUUUUUUAUUAUUCGAAGCAUAUAACGGCAAAAUAAUAAUAAAUUGACGAUGUAAGACAACGUUCUUCCCCGAUGGACCGUUUAUCUCAUUGGUGGUCACGGGUGACCACCGUGGCACCUUGGUAACAAUUGAUAGCGACAUAUUGUAACGAGGCUUUGUUUAUUUCGACAAACCAUUCGCAUUUGUUAUUUCGUCGCAAGCAAAACGCGCAGAAUAUAUCGUUGAAACGUGUAGAAUGUAUUAGUAAACGGUAUUUGCUCGUUCUAUAUAUAACAGUAAGGUAUGCGCACACUUCUAACUUCAAUUAUAUGAUUAUAAAGCAGUAGUUUACGAUUAUUUUCUAAGCUGUGUUUAUAAUAAUAUUCGUAGAUUACCCCUCGAUGAUAUGGAUGCAAACACAGUUCACCGAUGCAAGAUUUGUUCUCACUUUUCUUUUAACGGUGUUCUAACAAGAACGUUGAAUUGUUCAAUGGGGCACUUUUUCGUUUCAAAGAAGUAAUUGUAAGAAGUUGAAACGCUCCGGUCACCAACGACCGCCGUGGCGUCACAGGAGAAACCGUGGCCGAUCGUAUACGACCAACGUGGCAGCCAAAGUGUUAGAUCGACAAAUAAAUUAAACAAACGAAUUGUCCUAGGAACGAGAACGGACCGGCCACGAGCUUCGAUGCAGCGUCGAGUUGUUAUUGUUGCUGGUACGAUCGAACGCGACCAACGAUAAAUACGAAGCGCUGCGGGCAGCGAUCGGGUUCGAACCACGUCCGUCCGAUCGUUUCGUAAGU